UUCUUAAUCGUUUUUUUCCCUUUGGUUUAUUGUUCCUGGAAUUUGCUUGCUUUCACGCUUAUUCUUCUAAGCAAAAUUGGGUUGUUUAUUUAUUUCGGUCUUUAAUAAAUUACUUUUUUAGUAUUCCAAUGCUAUUUUAGGGGUUUUCCGUGUUGGUAAUUAUGCUUCUUGUUAGAGAAUUAUAUCUGUUUGAGCUAACGUUUUACUAUGGAUUAAUAGAAUUGAACCAUAUUAUACGUUUCUUAAUUUGGUUUCGAAUGCUUUCUUAGUCUUUAUGAGUGUUGGGAUUUGUGCCUUUUGAGAGAACUAUAACUGCUUGAGUUAACUUCAUGCUGUGUAUCUAAUCGUUGAUAUAUUUCUUAAUUGUUGGGCAAUGAGCAAUUGCUGGUUUUUGUCCCUUGUUGAAUUGACUAAUGAAGCAUGACAUUCAAGUUUUCAGGAUUCUCAAUUCACACGAGAAAUAUCAAGAACUGUAACUUUCAAAUAUAUUUGAUUCCCAUCUCAUGAGCGAGGCUGCUGCUGUUCUUGCGAUGGCAAUUGAUAUAUCAUCUCUUUGCAAUACUGUUGGCUGAAAUUGAAGGAGGAAAAACCAAAAGACAAUGGAAGAAUCACAGGGGGAUUUUCUUCCAUCUGACGUUCCUGAAUCUACAUCUUCCAAUAACUGUGAAAGGAAUACUUCAAGUGCACAUUCAAAUCGUUGGUCUGGCUUUCCAGGUGUGAAGAAGAGAGGACACAGCAGUCGCUCAUGGAUAAAGAUUGACCAAGAUGGGAAUGUGAAGAUUUUGGAACUUGAUAAAGCUAAAAUAAUGAGACAGUGUUCUUUGCCAUCCAGGGACCUAAGGCUUUUGGACCCUUUGUUUAUUUAUCCUUCAACAAUACUAGGAAGGGAGAAGGCUAUUGUGGUCAGUCUUGAGCAAAUAAGAUGCAUAAUCACAGCUGAGGAGGUUAUCUUGAUGAACUCUUUGGACAUAAAUGUUGUCCAAUAUAAGUCUGAAUUAUGCAAGCGUCUUCAGGCAAAGAAAGACCAAUCUGAUGACCUGCCAUUUGAAUUUAGGGCUCUGGAACUGGCAUUGGAACUAACUUGCAUGUCACUUGAUGUAAAGGUGAAAGAACUGGAAAUGGAGAUAUAUCCAGUGCUAGAUGAACUAGCAUCAUCCAUUAAUACUCUUAACCUGGAGCGUGUUCGAAGGUUAAAAGGUCACCUCCUUACAUUAACCCAGCGAGUUCAGAAGGUUCGAGAUGAAUUAGAGCAUCUUAUGGAUGAUGAUGGUGACAUGGCUGAGAUGUACCUCACAGAGAAAAAACUAAGGUCAGAGGGCAACACCCCCCAUGAAAUAAAUCCUCUAACUAAUUUUUCCGGUGGGACCAGACAAGUUUCAAAAUCUGCUCCUGUUUCACCAAUAGCAUCGACCAGUGGAGCUCCAAGAUUGCAAAGGGCAUUUAGCAGUAUCGUGACUGCAAGUAAACAAGGAAGCUUAUCUAGUUCACAUGGUGGGGAUAAUAUUGAGCAACUUGAAAUGUUACUCGAAGCAUACUUUGUUGUCAUUGAUCAUACUCUUAGCAAGUUGUUAUCGCUGAAAGAGUACAUUGAUGACACUGAAGAUCUGAUCAACAUUAAAUUGGGCAAUGUCCAGAACCAUCUGAUUCAAUUUGAGUUACUUCUCACUGCGGCGACUUUUGUAGCCACAUUAUUCGCUGCUGUAGCAGGUGUGUUUGGAAUGAACUUUGCAGCUUCGAUUUUUGACUACCCGUCUGCAUUUAGUUGGGUUCUCAUUAUAACAGGUGCUGGAUGUGGGUUAUUGUACUUUUCUUUCUUGUUGUAUUUCAAGUACAAGAAAAUAUUCCCAUUGUAAGCUCUUGAGUUUCAAGAUGAAAACUACUAUUAUUCUUACGUCAAGUUGUUAGAAUAUAUAUUGCAUUUGCAGUGCUUCGACAAA